GUUUGUUACGGCCAGAAUAGUUUUAAUUAAGCAUUGGUUGGAUAUCAUCAAUUAUCAAAAUUUAUAUGCGUUUUAUUAGGUAGCAAUAGAUCACCAUGAAGCGAUCACUAUCGACCAAUCCAUCUCAGGACGGCCACAAGGAAAAGAUAGUUCGUCGGCAGGACCCUGUCUCAUGUCAAUUUUGUCGGACGAAGAAACUCAAGGUGACGAAGAUGAACCUGAUAUGGACAAUUAAUCAUAUUCUAACCUUGACAGUGUGAUCGCAAAUUUGUAAAUUCAUCUUGUCCUAAGCUCAUUCUCAUUGUGGUCUAAUACUGAUCCACUUUCUCCUUGAAGCCAUGCUCGAAUUGUCAUUCCCGCAAACUGUCCUGUACAUCGGCUGCAACUUCCGCGGACCCUUCAUCUAUUCAAUCGAAGGCUUUUGAGUCUAAACAACCAUCCAUGUUAGUGUUUACUGCCUACUUCUGGUUCGGCGUUCUCUAAUUAUUGCCAUAAUAGCCAAGGAAUUGCGGAGUUGAAUGCCCGAUUAAAAAGGGUGGAAGAACUUCUUACAAAGAACUUCACUCCACUGGGCAGUUUGAUAGACACCCCAUCUGGUAUUUCUGACUAAUUCAAGCACCCUGGUACAAGGUACGAGCUGACACAAGUCCAGCUAUUUCAAGGCAAGAGACCCUAGCAAAAGAUGUUCAAAUCACAAAUACAGUCUCCUGGUUAGAGUCUGAUGCCUUCGAGCAUCGGAACCUGCAUGCUUCAACCAAUUAUGUAAUUCACCUUUUCUACAUUUUGCCUCCGGAAAGCUAAUCGAACAGGAUCUUCUCUCAUACGAUGAUGAAAUUGCUCAAACCUUUACUGCUUCAUUCUUAUCUGUCCCGGCUGUUUCCCCGGGAGCAAGUGUCAACGCGCAAGAUUUAUCUUUACUCCCGUCUAGGAAGUAUGCAAGGGUUCUCGUGAAAUAUUUUGUUGAAAAUGUUAUAUGGAUUUAUCACAUCAUUCACAUACCGACCCUCGAAUCUCAUCUGGACAGAUUAUACGAUGAUCUUGAGCAAAACAAACAACCUCAAUACGGCCACCUCGCCUUGCUUUCCGCAGUCUUCGCGUUGAGUGUAUAUUUUCAAGGAGUUGAACCGCUGUCGACGACUCGUCGUUUGACAUUAUUGGCUCAAAAGGCCAUGUGUGCUGCCAAUUACAUCGGGAAGCCCACAAUAGAGUCGAUCCAGGCGGUGUUGUUAAUAGCGCAACAUCUGUUGCCUAGUAUAGGAGGUAUUGCAACAUUUCGAGUUUUAUUUACCAUUGCGAUGCAUUCGGCACGUUCACUUGGAUUCGAUCAACUUGACUCUGCUCAGAGCAAGAAACGAAGAGAUGGAAAACAAUUGAAUUAUGUUGAACUCGAAAUUAAACGAAGAAUUUGGUGGCACUUCGCUUCUACUGAUUGGCAAGUCUACUUGGACAUUUUUGCAUGAAUUAUCUAACAUAUUGUAGGAUAAUGUCCUUCCUAAGUGGUCCGCAAAGCGGUACAUACAUGAUUCACCCGCAACAUAUGAGAUGUGAUUAUCCAAGUAAUGUUAACGAUGUCGACAUCCGUCCUCCAGAAGAUUAUAACCAGCCUCUGACUGUGGAAACUGAAAUGACUUAUUACCAUUUUCGAUUGCAACUCUCGAUCAUCUGUCGGGAAAUUAUUGACGCUGUGCAAAAUCUUGGCUGCGAGAUACAUGAGUUGCCUUACGAAACGGUAUUGGGUUUUGACAAAAAGUUCACUUCCAUCAAAUCCCAUUUUCAUCCGUCAUUUCUCUUGGAUGCCAAAAGCCGGGCACAACAUAAAGACCUAGACGCGAAAUGCCCUUCCUUAGCGGUACAGAGAACCGCGGGGCAUUUCGGACUUCAGACUAGAUUAACAAGACUUCAUCGACCUUAUCUCGCACGAGGUGCUCAUGACCCACGGUACUCUUACAGCCGGAUGGUUUGUCUUCGAUCUGCUCGUUCAGUCAUUGAAUUGGGAACGGAACUUACAGACCAGGGCAAAAAGCAAAAUUUCCGACCAAUCAGAAUGUGGACAGUAACACAUCAUAUCUUUGUAGCUACUCUCAUACUGGUAAUGGACUUCUGUCUGAAUAAGGACGAUCCACGACCAGAAGAGAGGAAAGCAGAAAUAAUGGAUGCAUUUAAAAUACUUGAAACUUGUCAAGAAACCAGUACAAUGGCAAAACGAGGCCUACAACAAUUACGAGAUAUCCUACGAAGAGGAACAUCACUUCCCACAGAAUCUUUUUCCCAAGCUCAGAUCCUCAAUAAUGGGUUAUCCGAUGUUUCAAACUCUGUAAAUUCCUCUAUACAACAAAAUCAGGAUUUCCAAAUGCCAGAAACGUCGGCCGUCUUUCCUGGUCUUUAUGUCAGUGACCCGUAUUCACGAGUGGACUGGGAAAAAGUUGACUUUGAUACUAUCGAAAAUAUUAACUUUGAUGUUGAUCUGUCUGCUGAUGACUUUUCAACACUUUUCCAUAAUGGAAUGAUUUCACCAGGUGGUUAAUUUUCUGUUCACCAAGGGUAUUUUACUGAGGCCCUUGAGCGGUCGAAUUUGCAAUUCGAGCCCAUCGCUAGGAUGAAUUGAAUUAAGUUUUAGGCGGUGUCCAGGCUUCUUUGCUAACAAGAUUUCUGCGAUUCUCAGGAUUAUCAUAAAUAAAACUGGAUAGGAUGCCGUGCAUUCCCAUCAUUUUCAUAUCCGUCACGUGUCACAACCCCAAUUGGCGCCCCAGCCACGGUCAGAUCUAAUUGUCCAACGAUGCGUAAGGAAAGAAGAGUGGCAUAGCGAAUCAAAUCAUUUAAUCAUUCCCUAAUCCUGUAUAAGCCAAUCAUUAUAUUAUUUGGUUUAUCUGGUUCAAAUUUGGCAUCCGUUAGUGUUGGUUGACAAGGUGGUCGCUUCCGAGGUCGAAAUGUCUAAUUCAAGGAGGUUAGUUGGAUAAGCGCCAACCUAUAUGGCCAGCUUUGAGCCUCAUAAUAACUGCAGGCGUUUCAAUGUUGGAAUUCGGUCAUGAUUUACUGCGGAUAAUCCAACAAUUUCCAACAAAUGAGUAUCGAAUAAUAUAUAGUUCAACCGCAGCUCAUCACAUCAAACCAGGUUACUUUCACAUGCGUAUUUCCUUUGGCAACGUUCUUUUGCACACAAUUUUCUCAUAGUCUAUCAUUGAUAUCUUUUAUAUAUAUCGCAUCAAACAUAACCAUCAUAAUGCCUUCUUUUGCCGAAACUCCAACAGCCGCAAACAUUCAAACCGCAUUUCAACUGCAGCAUCUAGUUGACGCUGGUCACAAAAAUGCAAGUUUAAUUGACCCAGGAACACUCAAAGUUAUCAAAUCCAUUACCGAUGCUCAACCCGGGAAGGAUGCAACUUCCUUACGCACACCAGAAUGGGCAAAUACAAAAGAAGGCUUUCAAAAGAAGGUUUCCUCAUUCUUAGAUGGACUUGCAGAAAAUCUAGAAGUCAAAGAACUCAAUCUUUCCGAUGAAUCAGAUGUUAGUGAAGAAGAUCCUGAUUGGCAAGAAGGAAGUGAAGAGGAGAGUGAAGGCGAAGAAGAAUAUGAUUCUGAAUAUGAUAGCGAUGAAUACACGGAAUCGGAAGAUGACCGUAAUAAUUUGGAUCGAAUUAGUGAAGAUGAGGAUGAAGAUGAAGGGGCUGAGCCAAAGAAAUGUUUGGAUGCUAAGCUUGGUGAAGGUAUGAUCUUUCCCGCUUCAUAACAUCCUACUUGUGAAUGGACAUCAACUUACUAGACUAGGAAUUAUCCUUCAUGAAAUCAUCGGUCGAAAAGUAGCUCGCUAUGGAGACAAAGUUCUAAAGUCAGGACGAAACCUCCGUCUCUCCGAAGCGGACGCCAUGCGCUACAUUGCAACCCACACCAGCAUUCCCGUACCCCGUGUCCUGGACGCCGUCACCGAUGGAAAACUAACCAGUAUAACCAUGGAAUACAUCGAAGGGGAUCGUCUCGACAAAAUCUGGAACUCGCUCACAGAAGAACAAAAAAAUACCAUCGUCUCCCAAAUCCACGAUUUUCUCGCCCAACUUCGAGGUCUAAGUGGAAAAUACAUCGGCGGUAUGAAUCGCACCCCCGCCAUUGAUUCCCGCCGUUACGAUCUCGAAGGAGGCCCUUUUGCAUCUGAAGCCCAAUUCAACGAUUUCCUCCUCUCGGACGCUUAUCCCCAAGUCCCCAAAUGUUUCCUCAAGAUGGCGGAAAAUUCAUUGCUUACUAACCAUUCUAUUAUUUUCGCGCAUGGAGAGCUAGCGCCUAGGAAUAUCUUGGUGAGAGAGGGACAAGUGGUUGCGGUCCUCGAUUGGGAAUACGCGGGUUGGUAUCCGGAAUAUUGGGAUUUUGUGAAGAGUUUUGAUGCUAUGGAUGCUAAGUGUGGGAGUUGGUAUGAUUGGGUUGAGAAGAUUUUUCCGGUGGUGUUUGAGCAGGAGUUUAUCAAUGAUCGGUUUGUGGGGACUUUGGUGCGUCAUGGGCAUUCUUAGGUGGAGGGGGGGUUGAAGGGGGGAUGAGGGAUUGGUGUGUUUUUGUGGGAUGGUUGGGUUAUUGUCAGAUCAAUGUGAGUUUGGUGGUAAUCUUGUAAUUGUGUUGAAGGGGGUAGAAUGAUGAUGGAUAGAUAGUUGGCGUUCUAGGCAAUUUAUGUGUUGUAUUUAUAUCUAUUUAUA